CAGAGGAGUGUUACAACCACAGCUGGUCUCCCAUCGAUCUAUGUACCUGUACAGGAUUUAUUAACCUGGAAUCUGCUCUGAAACACACGAGCCCUUUCUGAAUGAAACAAAUGACUGAUAUUAAGGUUUUCUACAGUAUUUCUCAUUCAGUCCUUAACUUUGUUUCACAUAAAACAACUCUGUUAAGUUUUAUUCAUGGUGUCAUCAUUUCAAUAGGUUAAUUCAACUCUAUCCCUGCCAUUUAAAUUUUAUACAAAAAGGACAAUUAAUAAUAAUAAAAAUGAUGAUAAGAAGCAUUUGAAUUGUGAUUUAUUAAUGUGUUUUUAAUUUAAAUUAAUCUUAUGGUUUUUUUUUAAUUUUACAUAGCUAUAAAUAUCUUUGUUCUUGUUUUUGUUUUGUUUUUUUCUCUCGUGUUUCCAGUUUUUCGUGUUUCUUAUGUUUCAAUCACAGUUACAGCCUCUUGUUUAUGUCCGUGCGGUGGCUCUGCCUGGCGGACAGUUCGGGUACUGCAUGCAUGAUUCCCCACUUCAUUCGUUGUGGCGCCGCCUGGCGGACAAAUCGGAUACUGCAGGUAUUUUAUUGUGUUCUGUCAGCGUCGCCGCCUGGCGGACGAUCCGGGACUCUCCACGGGGGACGCGGCGCUGUUUGCUUGGUUGUAGUUUGGGGGAUUCGGGCGCUGAGCGGAGGUUGAGGCGGAGGUUUCGGGUUGUUGGUCGGAGUCUAACGAGAUAAAAACGUUCGGAGCGGUUUUCUGAGAGGACCGGAGGCUCGGGAACGGCGGAAAAACGCGAGUUUGAUUCGGCUUCGCUCGUUGAUCUUCGCGGAGCCGUCGUGUUGGAGUUUGUCUUCUGUCCGUGGAUUAACUCCGGAGCUCCGAUAUUAAUUUUUAGGAGGAAUAGUGGAUUAUAAUCCCGUUUCCUGAGAGGAUAUCUGCGGUUUGUGGAGGAUCUCGCUCUUGUCUUCAGCGGAGUAAAUCGGUGUUUAUUCCCGGGAGAGGAGGAGGACGAGCGGCGGACACUUGUUGAAAUUUAGCGAACAAACCUUUGAGCUCUGCUAACGUUAGCUUUGACAUUUAGCUGGAGAAGCUAACAACUUUCUCUGACAGACAGUUUGACCCCGAUUUUUGUGUCAUAAUCCGUCUGAUUGUGUUGACGGAGGCCGAGUUUUAAAGUUUUGAGAGAGUGUAAGUGAUGAUUGUUUUGGUGUGAGUGACAGAGCUAAGCUAAGUGCGCUAGCUGCAGCUGUUAUCCUCCAUUCACCUCUGUCAGCUCACGCCAUGCUAACGUCAGAUUCAAACAGGUGUUUUACCUGUUAGUGGGUCAGAAUGAAGUGAGAGUGGGCGGGAAAGUUUCACUGAGCAGCUGGUCGUCAAAUGGAAGUGAGCAGAGUGAGCUGAUAAAAGCAGAGUUUAUUUUAUUCACACUUUAAUCACGGGAACAAAACUUUUCCUGCCGUUAGCUUAGCUCGUUAGCCUGAGCUGACUGAUCCUGCGGCAGACACUUCACUGAAGCUCCCACACACACACACACACACACACACACACACACACACACACACACACACACACACACACACACACACACACACACACACACACACACAGACAGUAUGAGUGUCUGUACUGUGUGCUGAGUUCAAGGACAGUCUGAAAAAACAGACUCGAGUAGACUCUAUCAACUGUCAGCAGCGGCCUCAGCAUGUCGGGCUCCCCGGGAACAGGGGGCUCCAACCCCCGCAAGUUCAGCGAGAAGAUCGCGCUGCACAACCAGAAACAGGCGGAGGAGACCCGGGCUUUCGAGCAGCUGAUGACCGACCUCACUGUGUCCAGGGUGAGCUCCACACCUCUAAUGUCAUCUGGUUUAACCCGACAGAACUUAUAUUUCUGUGUAAAUGUAGGAAGGUGUUCACCGUGGGGCGGACAGAGCUCUGAUUGGCUCCCUGCUGACUGAGAGCUCAGGUAUUCACCUGUAACCAGUCCUUCUAGUUAGUCCUCUGAGAGACAGCAGAGACAGCAGCUGGACCUGUUUAAACACACAGGACAGCAGCAGGAACACCUGUCUGCAGUAACACGAACAAAUAUUACAUCAUGUAGACAAUAAAAAUCAGACAUUAUAACUUAUUAGGAGAUAUUAGGGCCUGUGUCCACUGACACUCAGUAUGUUUACAGUUACAGUUUAAUCGAACUAAGAUCAUAAUUAGUUUUUUUCUCUGAAUCAGACUUCUCUCCUCGUCCUCGUUUACAUGCAGCUGAGAAAACGGAAUUAUUGAUGUGAACGUGUCCUCCUCCCUAACACUAGGGGGCGAUAUGGGUCUUUUCGGCAGCGCUUUUUCCGACCCCAUACAACCAUCAACAACAACAGCAGGUCGGUGUCAGACGUCAGAAGUGUCUACAACUGCUGCUGGGCAUUUUGGAGAAACAAGAAGAUGGAGCAUCGUACAGCGUUGUUUUUGUCCGACAUGAUGGACGCGCUACUUUUUCUAAAGAUGAGACCAACGCUACUCCUCUACUCUGGGGUUUUUGUUACAGGGGCGUGGCUCACAUGCAUUGUCCGAUCACAUGCCGCCUACGCUGGUUACAUGGUAGAGAAAAUCGAAUUAUAAUUGCAUUAUCUGGGUGUCUUAAUCAGUGCGUUUCCAUGACACUCGAGAAAACCGAAUUAUCACCUUAUUCCGAUAAAGACCGGACAACGUAAGUGCAUGUAAACACCUUAGUCCGACUAUUAUCGGAGUUUGAGAACUCUGAUUAAGACACCCAGACAAAAACAACGCUGUACGAUGCUCCAUCUUCUUGUUUCUCCAAAAUGCCCAGCAGCAGUUGUAGACACUUCUGACGUCUGACACCGACCUGCUGUUGUUGUUGACGGUUGGAUGGGGUCGGAAACAGUGCUGCUGAAAAGACCCAUAUCGCCCCCUAGUGUUGGGGAGGAGGCUAUUCGUCAAUGAUAUUUUCCAGUUAACAUAUAAACACAUGAUGGAGAUUGUGUCGGUGUAUUUUCAGCAGCUCUACCCUGGAAACCCUGUUUGUUGUUGAUCAUAAGAUCCCUGCAGAGACGUGUGAGCUGAAAUCAGUGGUUUUAACGUUGAGGAGAGGAGAGGUCAAACUUCCUGAGGGUCUCUGUUGAACAUCAUGGUUCCUCAGAGUCCUUGAAGAAGCAGCUCCUCUCCUUUACUGUACGAGGAAUAAAACACCAACUCUGGGGAAAAAAAGGGACGUGGGCUUUUAAAUUUUUCAUUUCUAUAUAAAUUAUUUCUUCUGAGUAGAAAACCAGAGGAGAUCAUUGCUGUAAGACUGAAAAACGUCUUGCUGUCCAUCUGUCCUCGGGUUCUGUGCAGCAGAGACCGUCAGUAUUUGUUGGUCAUUCAUUGGUCCCUAUUCACCAAAAUGAACAGAUACUUUGAGCUUCUAUGGUUUGAUGGUAGAGCAGCUGGUAACCAUGAUAAACACACUCAUUGUUAUUCAGUGUGGCUUUAGUUAACUCUCACUCAGAACCACACGCUGCUCAAAAUGAACUGCUGUUUCUCCAGUUUAUCUUGAACCCAGACGUGGUUUCUAGUCCCUUCUUCAGUCCCCGUGAGAUCCAGGGUCUUUUCUGUCGAUAAAAUCAAGUAAGGUCGGUCUUUGAGAUUCAAAUUGUGCUCUUUGUGCAGUCGAAAGGAGAAAUGUCUGUCUGAUUUGCCUCCAGAUCACAGCUGAUGAUUGGCUCUGUUUACUCUCCUGGCAGAACAAGUCGCCUUCUGUUUUCUGACAGGAAAUCGCUGUGGUGCCUAAUGGCGGCCGGUUGGUUUGAAGCCAGCCUGUUUGUUUCCUAGAGUGUAUCUCUUUUCCCCUGUCCUGUGGACCUCUGCAUUAUCCAAUGUUUUCUGUGAAUUUGAACCACACUUUAAUGUUUUGUGAGUUAAUAAUUAUACGUGAGAUGGAGCUGUAAUGUGUACGUUAGAGCUGGUUAUGUAGAACCCUCACCUGCACAAUGUGGCGUAGAAAUCUCACUGCUAGAGUUUGAUAGACACUCAAAUGGACAGUAUGACCACACCACAGUCAGGAGUCAGAUCUGUUUCAGGAUGGAGGAUUCAUCCACGCCGUUCAGUCUUUGUUUCUACCAGGAGAUCUGAACAAACACAGUCCCUCAGAAGGACCGGUCCAUGCCCAGCAGGAGAGGAAGGUCUGAGUUGAUAGAAUGACAACACAAGUUUAUUUUGAAGUAGAAGCUGUUUAUGAAAAAGUAAAAUAAAAAAGGGGAAAAGUCUGGAAACAUUUUAGCGUAGCAACAAUCAGAUCCUGUAAAACACGUCUCCUUUUCAUAGAAAAACAAUGAAAAAUACACCAAAUAUUCAACUAGAAGACAUGACAGUUUUACCGAUCCAAAAUAUCAUCCACCAACUGACAACUUUAUGAUCUCAGAGGCAACUUCCAGGGAGCCAGGCCAACAGUGCUCCAACUCCCCAUGGGUAGUCCUCACAGUGCAGUUCUCUUAUGAAGUCCUCACAGUGCAGUUCUCUCAGGUUGUCCUCACAGUGCAGUUCUCUCAGGUAGUCCUCACGGUGCAGAUCUCUUAGAUAGUCCCCAUGGUGCAGUUCCCUCAGGUAGUCCUCAUGGUGCAGUUCCCUCAGGUAGUCCUCAUGGUGCAGAUCAGACAGGCGGUCCUCGUGGUGCAGUUCUCUAACAUUGUCCUUAUGGUCUAGUUCUCUCAGUUACUCCUCAUGGUGCAGUUCUCUCGGGUAGUCCUCACGGUGCAGUUCUCUCUGGUAGUCCUCAUGGUGCAGUUCUCUUAGGUUGUCCUCACGGUGGAGUUCUCUCAGAUAGUCCUCACGGUGCAGUUCUCUUAGGUAGUCCUCACGGUGCAGUUCUCUCUGAUAGUCCUCAUGGUGCAGUUCUCUUAGGUUGUCCUCACGGUGGAGUUCUCUUAGGUUGUCCUCACGGUGGAGUUCUCUCAGUUAUUCCUCACGGUGCAGUUCUCUCGGGUAGUCCUCACGGUGCAGUUCACUCAGGUAGUCCUCAUGGUGCAGUUUUCUUAGUUUGUCCUCACGGUGGAGUUCUCUCAGAUAGUCCUCAUGGUGCAGUUCUCUUAGGUUGUCCUCACGGUGCAGUUCUCUCAGAUAGUCCUCACGGUGCAGUUCUCUCAGCUAGUCCUUAUGGUGCAGUUCUCUCAGGUAGUCCUCAUGGUGCAGUUCUCUUAGGUUGUCCUCACGGUGCAGUUCUCUCAGAUAGUCCUCACGGUGCAGUUCUCUCCGCUAGUCCUCACGGUGCAGUUCUCUCAGCUAGUCCUCACGGUGCAGUUCACUCAGGUAGUCCUCGUGGUGCAGUUCUCUCAGGUAGUCCUUAUGGUGCAGUUCUCUCAGGUAGUCCUUACAGUUUACAGGUUGUGUUACUUUUCCUGUAGCCUUGCCUUUGGGACCAGGAUGAUCCCUUGAAGAGUCUUUAAUCUUGAAAGGCGGGUGUUGGAAAAGAAGAGUGAAAUCUCUGCUGGUUUUUGUUUUAGUCUGAAGAGAACUCCUCUAAUGUUUUUUCAUCUUCAGGUCAAGAGUUAACUGUGUGUGUUUGUUUUUUUAUCCUCCCUCUUCACUGUCAGGUCCAGUUUCAGAAGAUCCAGCAGCUCCGUCUCUCUCAGUCUCGGGCACAGUACUAUGGAGGCUCUUUACCCAACGUCAACCAGAUCAGCAACACCAGCACUGAAUUCCAGGUGAGACCUGUCGAAGAGGAUCAGCUGAUAGAAAAGGAGCCUACAUCUACAACUCCUGUAAAGAAAGAGUUUUGGGGAAAGUGUAGACCCUGAAAAAACAAUAAUGAGCUUAUUUGAAGGCUGCAGUCCGAAGUGAUGUUGACUUUUAUUGGAGUGUCUGAAAACGUGUUUUUUUUAAUGUGAGUUAAACAGAAGUGACGGUGAAGGAACAGCGAUCAGGUGAGUCAGGUGUGAGCUGUUCAAAUCACUGUCAGUCUAAAAUCGAGGAUGGACGGUCCAAGCCUUCGGUAGAGAAGAGGAGCUGCUGCUCAGGGCGUUAAAUAAUUUAUCGGCUGGCUGGAAACAGAAAGAAUCAGAGAGCAGGGUUUUUCUUCUUCUUCACUCUGAAUGUGUGUCAGCUCUCUGAGGACGCGGCGUACUGGGAAACUCAGGCGUACUCUGAAACUGAUUGAAGAGAACUGGGCAGUAAAAAAACCAACAAAUGGACGAGGUUUCUCUCACUCUGAGCUCUCCUUCCUCCAGAUUCACCCUGAUGAUAAAUGUCUGAGUAUUGAAAUUAACAGCACUCGUACUUAAAGAUUCAACAUGAGAUUGACAGAGAGUCUAAAGCUGCUCUUUCUCUAAAGAGUUAAAAAAUGAUAUUCAUUUAUUGUGUGGAGUCAGAUAAAUAAGAAUAGCUGAUAGUUUGUGCAGGAAUAAGAGGCAUGACUCUUUCUCCAGGGGGCGCCAACAGCAACACAAACAGAGUUUCCUCAAAGGAGCUUUAGAGAGUUUUUUAAGAAGAAACAGGAUGUGUUUGUCUCUAACAGAGCGGCACAUUAAAACCACAUGUAAAGAUUUCAGAUAAAAACUCAGAGUCUGUGUGAAACAUCGAGACAGAGUUUAAUAAGUGUGGAGGGCGAUGAAGGAGACGAGCUGGACCAGAAAAAAAACAAGUCAAAGUUUCUUAAAUAUGCCGGAUCAAACCUGAGCGGGUCAGUGAGGAGUUUUUUUGGUUGGAUCUGUUUAGAGACACGAGAUUAUUAGUGAUUAAACUACAUAGAACUGUCUGAAUGCAGCUUCCCUCCUCUGCUUCACAAACUUGACCGGAAAACUGUGACUUUUGGUUCUCAGGGUGGCUUUCCUUCUGGACUGGACUCUGCUAGAGGGACGCGUCACCAUGGGCUGGUCGAGAGGGUCCACCGAGACCGCAACCGCAUCAACUCCCCCCACCGCAGACCCAUCGACAAGCAUGGCCGGCAAAUAUCCUUUAGAGCUGACCUGACAGCUGAUGAGGGAGGGGUGUGUGUGUGUAUUGUGUACGUGUGUGGUGUGUUGUGUAUUGUUGUUAGGCAGGAUGACUCUCUGUGUAGGCAGCUGUUUGCAGCCUCAGGACCAGAAUUAGUUUUCAUGUAAAUUUGAAACGUGACGCAGAGAAAGCUCAGUUCAUUUCUGCCCACUGCUCAGUGACGGUUAGAUUUUCAUUGUGUGUGUGUGUGUGUGUGUUCACUCUAUGGUUGGGAAUUAGCUGCAUUAAGGGUUGUAAGUUGAUUUCACUCUCAGGUUUUGUAUCUUGUUGUGACAGUUUGAAAUCACCGGGCUGACAGUAAGGGGAGGUGACAGAGUCUCUGGUCCCUGAUCUCUAGCCCUUGGUCUUUGGUCCCUGGUCCCUGGUUCAGUAAAAUUUAGAGGAAUGUGGAGUUGUGUAGGUGGGUCUGUUAAAAUGUCUUGUAAAUUUAUGGAGAAUCUUUGAAAACAUGGUGAACAGGUGAGUGUUGUUGUUCAGUGACACUCCGACUCCCUGAGAGCAGAAACCUGUUCAGCUGUUGUUCGCUCAUGUUUCUGUCUAAUAAAGUUCAAGGAUUCAGACUUUGUAUGUAACACACAAACACAGAAAAUAGUUUCUAGAGUUAACAGUGUUUUCUAGAGUGGGUCAGUGUUUCUAGAGUUGACAGUGUUUCUAGAAUUAACAGUGUUUCUAGAGUUAACAGUGUUUCUAGAGUUGACAGUGUUUCUAGAGUCGACAGUGUUUUCUAGAGUGGGUCAGUGAUUGUAGAGUUGACAGUGUUUCUAGAAUUAACAGUGUUUCUAGAGUUGACAGUGUUUUUAGAGUCGACAGUGUUUUCUAGAGUGGGUCAGUGAUUGUAGAGUGGAGGUCAUGUUUCAAGAUUUGACAGUGUUUCUAGAGUCAACAGUGUUUCUAGAGUCGACAGUGUUUCUAGAAUUAACAGUGUUUCUAGAGUCGACAGUGUUUCUAGAGUCGACAGUGUUUCUAGAGUCGACAGUGUUUUUAGAGUUGACAGUGUUUCUACAGUGGAUCAGUGUUUCUAGAGUCGUCAGUGUUUUAGAGUUGACAGUGUUUCUACAGUGGAUCAGUGUUUCUAGAGUCGUCAGUGUUUUAGAGUUGACAGUGUUUCUACAGUGGAUCAGUGUUUCUAGAGUCGACGAUGUUUUUAGAGUUGACUGUUUCUACAGUGGAUCAGUGUUUCUAGAGUGAAGGUCAUGUUUGUAGAGUUAAGUGUUUCCAGAGUUAACAGUGUGUCUGCAGUGGGUCAGUGUUUCUAGAGUCGUCAGUGUUUCUAGAGUCGACAGUGUUUCUAGAGUUGACAGUGUGUCUACAGUGGACCAGUGUUUCUAGAGUGAAGGUCAUGUUUGUAGAGUUGACAGUGUUUCUAGAGUUGGUCAGCUUUUGUAGAGUGGAGGUCAUUUUUCUAGAGUUGACAGUGUUUUUAGAGGGGUCAGCAUUUAUAGAGUAAAGGUAGUGUUUCUACAGUUGGUCAAUGUUUCUAGAGUCUUUAGUGUUUCUCGAGUCGACAGUGUUCCUAGAGUUAGCAGUGUUUGUAGAGUGGGUCAGUAAUUGUAGAGUGGCGGUCAUUUUUGUAGAGUCGACAGUGUUUCUAGAGUUAGCAGUGUUUGUAGAGUGGCUCAGUGAUUGUAGAGUAAAGGUCAUGUUUCUAGAAUUGACAGUGUUUCUAUAGAGUUCGGCUCUGAUGUUGUUGAGUGGAGGUUGUGUUUGUAGAGUGGGUCAUCGUUUGUAGAGUGGGUCAGUUGUUCUAGAGUGGGUCAUUGUUUGUAGAGUUGGUCAGUGUUUCUUCUAGAGUGGGUCAGUGUUUGUAGAGACGAGGUCGUGUUUCUAUAGAGGUGUGCUCUGAUGUCGUAGAGGUGAGGCGCUGUUAAAAUCCUGCAGUUUAUCAUCUGCUGAGUUUCUCCGUCACAGUCGUGUUUGAUGGUAAGUUGUUUGUUCGUGAACAGUCACUGAGUGUUCUGGAUUUUUCCAGCCUUAUGCACACUUCAUGUGUUUGAUAACUUUGUGUGACAGUGAUGAUUCAGUGUUUGUGAAAAGAUUCCUUUAACUGAAACCCACAUGGAGAGCUCCCCGUAUGGAGCAGUGUAUCUGUCUCCUCCUCUGGACAACAACUGGAGAAGGUGAGAGACACACCUGUUCACCUGCUGACACAAAGCCUCUUCUCUUCCUCCUCUUACAGGAGGAUUUUCACUGGAAGUCUUUCCUCCUGCUGUGUUUUUGAUGCUGGGUUUGUGUUGAUCAGUAGCUUUUGGUCAAGAUAUUGUAUUUUCAGAGAUACGAACCACUCAUUUGAAAUCUGAAUUUUUAAUUUAAUCUUUUAGAUAAAAUAUCUUUGAAGGUUCAGACAGAUGUUUGUGCUCCUGUCUUUCUUUUCUCCUCUCUUCUUCUUUUCUUUUUCAUAUUUGUUUCAUGAAGCAGCGGUGCUGUGCUGUUUUAGGAAGUUUGAUCAGUUAAUGAUGUUUUUCAGCAGCAGGUUAAAAUUCAGAAAAGUUCUGAGGAUCUUUCAGCCUCUUUUAGUCAAAUACAGCUGCAGCUUUUUGGUGUUUAAGGAGAGUCAUGAAACAGAUCAGGUCUGGAUCUCAACCAGCAGACAGAUGAGAAAAGGUAAAUGUGAGAGUGUGUUCUGUUCCCUCUGUGAAGAAAUGAGUGAUGUCUGAUCUCUGUCUGCAGAGAGGCAGGUUGGUCUGUAAACUUUCAGUCUGUAAACUUUUAGUCUGUUAUCGCUCUGUUCGCCGUCAGUCUGUCCUCUGGAGUUUGCUGACUGUACAGCGGUGAGAAAAAGUCCGCCCGGUUUCUUGGAGAGGCCCUCUGGUAGUGAACGUGUUCCCUGUAGUCUCCUUAGUCAGUUUCAGGGUCAGAGUCCCACGCUCUCCUCCUCCAUUCAGACAUCUUCAGGCUGUUUCUCUGAGCCAGCUUCUCUCUGGGGAUGAAGUCUCUCAGAAAUCUCUCUCAGGAUUUUCUGUAAAAAGGAAGAACUUUCCAAAGUCUCCUCUCUUGUUGAUCCACGAGGUAUUUAGUCCUCCAUCACAGCGGUCUGUUUUCUGUUCUUCAUUUCUGCUCGGAGACUUUCCCUUUCCUCUGACCUUAGUCCUUUCCUAAAAACCACAGCUUCAGAUCAACACAGACACCAAAACAAAAACACUCUUUACGAUCAGUGAGCUCUUCUAACCUCCAGUCUGGAGCUGUGACCUGAGGACCCUCUGUCCGUCCGUCCGUCCGUCUGUCUGUCUGUCUGUCAGGGUCUCUCUGUCACGAUAACAAAGGUUUUUUUUCUCCUUUAACAAACUCUCUGUGUUUUUCUUGAAGUGUCUGUUUUCUGUCUGUCUAAAGGGAGCAGCAGCCGUGGAUGGAGGACAAACGGCCGGGCUUUAGAUUAAUAUCACAGCUCAACAGGUGACCUUUGACCCCUCUCUCUCUCUCUCUCUCUCUCUCUCUCUCUCUCUCUCCAUCCUUAGCCCGUCAUCCCUCGCUCACAGAGACACUAACACUCCUCUUCUUUUUCAGCCUGUUUUUCUGGUUUCUGUCUGUUUUUCUCCUGAUGGAGGGAUAAAUCUCUUUUCUUAGUUUACGGCGGUCCGUCUGUUUCUGCUCAUUAAUCAGAUUCUCUCCUCUUUUUAACCAUCUCCAGCUCUCUCUCUCUCUCUCUCUCUCUCUGACUUUCAGCCUCGUUCUUCCUCCACAGCCUUUCAUUCAGAGGUUUAUUUUCCAGACUCUGAUCAGCUGUUACUCAGUUUGACGUCACUCCACUUCGAUUCCACUUUACAGAAUAGAAGCAGUUUUUGUAUUUUAGUGAUUCAGUCACAUUUUGUCUGUUUCCAAAUUAUUUUUAUAUUCAUGAAGCUCAUUAUUUUAUUAUUGUAUUUAUUUAAAUUCUCAUGUUUAAUUUGAUCUUAAAGCUCAUGGUUUCUUAGUGUCACACACAUUUACAGUCAGAGUCUCUGACGCCGGAGCUGAUAUCAAACAUUUCCUGAUAAAAAACAGUAAAAGAUUUUAAAUCUGCUUUAAACUGGAGCGUCAACCAAACGGCGUCCUUCAUCCUCGUCUCCUCCCCCUCAGGACGAACUCCGACUCCGCUCUUCACACAAGUGUCAUGAAUCCAAACCCUCAGGAUCCCUUUGGUGUGAACCAGCAGAUGAGCAGAGCUCCUCCCCAACGCAACGGUGAGCGACAGACGGACGCAAGCUCUUUAUUUAUUCAUCGAUAAAUAAUAGGCAGGGAUUAUCCAGAAAUGACCAGGAAAUUAUUUCUAUGAUUAUCCAGAGAUUAUUCUAUUUAUUCAAAAAUUAAACUGAAUAUUCAGUAAUUAAACUGUCAACAUCCAGAGAUUAAACUGUGAUUAUCCAGAGAUAAAACUGUGAUUAUCCAGAGAUUAUUUUAUUGAUUCAAAAAUUAAACAGAAGAUCCAGAAAUUAAACUGUCAACAUCCAGAGAUUAAACUGUGAUUAUCCAGAGAUUAUUUUAUUUAUUCAAAAAUUGAACAGAAGAUCCAGAAAUUAAACUGAGAUUAUCCAGAGAUUAUUUUAUUUAUUCAAAAAUUAAACAGAAGAUCCAGAAAUUAAACUGAGAUUAUCCAGAGAUUAUUUUAUUUAUUCAAAAAUUAAACUGAAUAUUCAGUAAUUAAACUGUCAACAUCCAGAGAUUAAACUGUGAUUAUCCAGAUAUUAAACUGAGAUUAUCCAGAGAUUAUUUUAUUUAUUCAAAAAUAAACAGAAGAUCCAGAAAUUAAACUGUCAACAUCCAGAGAUUAACUGUGAUAAUCUAGAGAUUAUUUUAUUUAUUCAAAAAUUAAACAGAAGAUCCAGAAAUUAAACUGUCAACAUCCAGAGAUUAAACUGUGAUUAUCCAGAGAUUAUUUUAUUUAUUCAAAAAUUAAACAGAAGAUCCAGAUAUUAAACUGAGAUUAUCCAGAGAUUAUUUUAUUGAUUCAAAAAUAAACACAAGAUCCAGAAAUUAAACUGUCAACAUCCAGAGAUUAAACUGUGAUUAUCCAGAGAUUAUUUUAUUUAUUCAAAAAUUAAACAGAAGAUCCAGAAAUUAAACUGAGAUUAUCCAGAGAUUAUUUUAUUUAUUCAAAAAUUAAACAGAAGAUCCAGAAAUUAAACUGAGAUUAUCCAGAGAUUAUUUUAUUUAUUCAAAAAUUAAACUGAAUAUUCAGUAAUUAAACUGUCAACAUCCAGAGAUUAAACUGUGAUUAUCCAGAUAUUAAACUGAGAUUAUCCAGAGAUUAUUUUAUUUAUUCAAAAAUUAAAUAGAAGAUCCAGAAAUUAAACUGUCAACAUCCAGAGAUUAAACUGUGAUUAUCCAGAGAUUAUUUUAUUUAUUCAAAAAUUAAACAGAAGAUCCAGAAAUUAAACUGAGAUUAUCCAGAGAUUAUUUUAUCUAUUCAAAAAUUAAACUGAAUAUUCAGUAAUUAAACUGUCAACAUCCAGAGAUUAAACUGUGAUUAUUCAGAUAUUAAACUGAGAUUAUCCAGAGAUUAUUUUAUUUAUUCAAAAAUAAAUAGAAGAUCCAGAAAUUAAACUGUCAACAUCCAGAGAUUAACUGUGAUAAUCUAGAGAUUAUUUUAUUGAUUCAAAAAUUAAACAGAAGAUCCAGAAAUUAAACUGUCAACAUCCAGAGAUUAAAAUGUGAUUAUCCAGAGAUUAUUUUAUUUAUUCAAAAAUUAAACAGAAGAUCCAGAAAUUAAACUGAGAUUAUCCAGAGAUUAUUUUAUUUAUUCAAAAAUUAAACAGAAGAUCCAGAAAUUAAACUGAGAUUAUCCAGAGAUUAUUUUAUCUAUUCAAAAAUUAAACUGAAUAUUCAGUAAUUAAACUGUCAACAUCCAGAGAUUAAACUGUGAUUAUCCAGAUAUUAAACUGAGAUUAUCCAGAGAUUAUUUUAUUUAUUCAAAAAUAAACAGAAGAUCCAGAAAUUAAACUGUCAACAUCCAGAGAUUAACUGUGAUAGUCUAGAGAUUUAAAAGUGAUUAUCCAGAAAUAAACUGUAAUUAUUCUCUUUAUCAAAAAUUAAACUGAAUAUUCAAAAAUAAAACUGUCGAAAUCCAGAGAUUAAACUGAGAUUAUCCAGAGAUUAAACUGAGAUCAUUCAGAUAUUUAAAUGUGAUUAUCCAGGGAUUAAACUGUCAAAAUCCAGAGAUUAAACUAAAGUUAUCAAGAGAUUGAAAUGUGAUUAUCCAGAGAUUUAACUAAGAUUAUCUAGAGAUUAAACUGAGAUUAUCCAGAGAUUAAACUGAGAUUAUUAUUUUUACAGAUCCAAAAGCUCACUCAGCAGUAUUUCUGUGAAUUCUCUGUAAAAUAUUUAAUUUAGUUUUACUUUUUUUGUCUUUGUGUCUUUGUGCUAACGGCCAACAGCAAGUGUGAACGAGGCGGACAUGGACGCUUCUGGAAACAGUGAGUUUGUUUGAGUUUUGUAAAUCUGCAUCGUGUGUUUUAGAUCAAAUAAUUUAAGGGUUUUCCUCUCGUCUUUUCUCAGUCUUCUCGUUCCCUCCUCUCUCUAACGAGGAGAGUCUGAUGGGAGUCAGUAAACCUCUGCCGAAGCAGCUGUGGGAGGCCAAAAAGGUGAGAGCGUCGCCUGUGAUGAUCUGAUACCUGAGCCUGUUUGUCUGAAAUGAUGUGUCUUCAUUUUAGGUUUAAUGAUAAUUCCCAUUUUAAACUAUAAACUAACAUUCACAUUCUUUGAUGAUAACAAUGAGCAGAAGAAGAUUUUAGUCGUUUAAGUUCGGGUUUGAUUUCUGCCUGUGGUUUCAUUCCCAGGUCAUUCUAUGUUUUAAUGAUUAAUUAGCCGAGUUAAAUUUACAGUUAAAGUAACAUUUCUAAGACCUCUGUUUGUGCUUCAGGUCCAGUCUCUGGCCUCCAGACCCAAAUCCUGUGAAGUUCCUGGAAUCAAGUAAGUCUGAGAAAAUCAUAGAUAUUUAAUUUUAGUGAAAUUACUCAGAAAUCCUCAUUAAUGUGGUUUAUAUAAUAGCUAAAGUUACUCUGAAGAUGAUUGUGUAUAUAAGAUGUUUCAUAAAUCGAACAUUAAUAUUGAGAUCAUUUCAAAGUGAAAUUUAAAACAUAUUUAGUUUUUAACCUGAAACAAAUUUGAAAGUUUUAGGUUUGAAGUAAAUAAAACAUUUAUUUUGAAAGUUAAUCGUCACGUUUCCUCUUCCUCUUGUCAGUAUUUUUCCAUCUCCGGAUCAGAACCCGGGUUUCUCUCACUAUCAGGGUUUGUUAAACUCGGGCGGUUCUCUGCCUGACCUCACAAACCUCCACUUCCCCUCCCCGCUCUCCACGCCGCUCGACCCAGACGACCACGCCGCCUACCCCAACCUGAGCGGAGGCAGCAGCACAGGGAACCUACCCGCCGCCAUGAUGCACCUGGGUAUCGGCAGUUCACAGGGUGUGUGUGUGUGUGUGUGUGUGUGUGUGUGUGUGUAAAGUUGGUUUUUAUUGGAUUGGUCGAUGGUGUUAGUCUGUCCCUGCUGGUCUCGCUUCAGUUCUGAACUCCACCUGUUCUUUCAGUCGGAGGAAUCCGUGGGCUGUACGAUAUUGAAAAAAAAAAACAACAUUGAAAUUUUUUCCAACCCUGCGACAUAUAUGACGAUAUUAAAACAUACAGGACUUUUCUCCAGAUGAUCUGAAUCUGAGUUUCUGCUGAAAUCUUGAGGACAGUUAACCUGCUCUGAUCCUCCCUCUUUCAGUGAAUGUUAGUAGAAUGGCUUCUGUCUGUCUUAGAGAUAUUAUUAGUUUUUAUUGUUCUGUGAAAAGGCACUGCGGACACAGAACAGGUGUUUGGGGACGUCAUCCUUCUUGUAACUGAAAUGAUUCCAGAUACGUGACGUUGCUUUUCUUUUUGGCAAGUCUUCUCCUCCUGUGUUUUCCACUUGUUCGUUUCCUCAUGUUGCAAUUGUUCUCUGCCGAGAAGUGCAUCCACCUCGCAGAAACACUUGUAGUAAAGUGGUCCACUUAAAUCUAUAAUUUCAGGGGCGUGGUUUCCUUCUCCUCUGAUUUUGAUUGACAGCUGGCAGGGUAGCCGAGUUGGCAGCUGAGUAAAGAAGGAAUGUGAUUCGUGAAUGUCAGUGUAUGUCAGUCAGCUACCCUUGAAAUUAGAUGAGUUCAUCCACCUCCGACAUCUCAGUCUCUGCAGCGUGACCAUCGCGCACAUGGACAUCGCCAUGACGAUGCUGUUUGACUCGUCCGACGACUUCCAGAUGGGUUUUAAGAAGAAGUGGACAGAUGAGAUGGUUGAACAGCAGAGCAUCUGAAUUACGCCGUCAGCGGCACAAACGUGAUUCCUCAGAUCAUGAACUCACGUUUGUUGUGAAGUUCACCUUUAAAUGAUGUAAACUAGUUCAAACCACGAGGCUGGAAUCUACGCCGCUGGGCUUAAUUUAGCAAAGAUGUGGAUAACAAAAGCGGUAACUUUACCUGAACUCUUUAUACGGUGACCUGGUUAGUUCGGUGAAGUCAUUAAUAACUUAACCAUGUUCAUGACCUGACCUCAUAACCUCAUUAAAAACCCCAAUUUGACGUUGGGUGGGUGUGUGAAGCGUGGAUAAGAUCAGAAAAACUGUGAUUUCUAAAUCCUUUUCCACACAAGUUCAACUGAAUCCUCUUCAAAGAUCUUCAGCGUUCAGACUUCUAAACUUGAUUGUUUUUGUAAAUAUUCACUCACUUUGACUCUGAUGUCUGAGGGCAGGUUCACCACUUUGUCAACAACUGUGUGAGCAAACGGUUUCAUAACAAUGUUUAAUAACGAAGUUUCUUCAGAGGUUUUCCUCGUAAAUGUUGUAACUGUUUCGUUGUUUUUUUGUCCCUACAGGUCUGUCUUCAUCUCUCAGUAAUCCGUCCAUUCAGGGGUCUCUCAACACCUGCCAGCUGCAGUCGUCUCUCAGUAACCCGUCCAUCAACUCAUCUCUGCGUCUGUCCAACAACUCCCCUCGACGGCGUCCGGCUCCCAUCAGCCCCCUUACCUUGUCUCCUGGCAGCGAACAGCGCAGGGUACCAACAAAGCAGUUGUCCCCGACCAUGUCCCCGUCUCUGUCCCCGAUCACACAGGUACUGUCACCCAGAGAAACAACUGAUAAAGGCUUAAAACAGGCAGAAACUUACAACAGACAGGAACUUCUAACAGGCAGAAAAACCUCCAACAGGCAGAAAUUGUGGAGUCUAGAAACAAAGUGAGGUGGUUGUGUUGGUUCAGGCAUGUCUGAAAACAGCAGUGGUGUUAGUCUGUGAUGAAGUAGGAUAGACUGGUAUCGUGUCAGCAGCAGGUGGAUUUAUCGGGUCUGAGAUCGGAUUGACGGUCUCGGUCAGAGGAAGGACAUGUUUUUUAAGUCCGGGUUCAGCAGAAAUUAAAUCCGUUUUUUUUUCUCCUUCUGGAUAAAUUAAAUUUAUGGAAUAUGAUGUUUUUUUCUGCAGGGAGUGGCUCUGGAUAUGUCCAACAUGCCACGGGAGCCCCCCCCACCGUACCCGCUCUAUCAGCAAUCCCAGCAUGUGGUGGACCAGAGCCGCCAACGCCAACAGCAGCAACACCAGCAUCAACAACCUGUUUCCCCCCUUCAGAGCGUCCAAGUGGACUUCAACGCAGGCCAAGUGAGGACUGGGGGGGUGGGGGACUGUGUGUGUGUGUGUGUGUGUGUGUGUGUGUGUGUGUGUGUGUGUGUGUGUGUGUGUACUGAAAUCAGAGCUUCUUCUUCGUCCAGAUUUGUUCAUGAGUUUGUUUUUCUCCUUUCCUCUCUGACAGAACAACAUGUCGGCGCUCUUCAACGAUCCCUUCAUGGACCCGCAAUUCUCCAACCGCAGCAAAACCCACCCAUACCAGGUACAAACACUCACACACACACUGGACACACACACACAGACGCACACGCUCUGGAUUUGGAGAGGUUUGGAAAUGGAGGGUGUUGUUUGUAAAAGCUGUGAAGACGAUCAGAGGAGGAGGAAAACCAAACUGAGUUCAUCUCUGAUUCUCUCUGGUCUGUUUCCUUUGCACCAUCUGCCUCCCAGUUGGACCAGUUCAGUCUGCUUGAAAACUCCAUGAGCUCCACAUUGGGGAGCGCCGGCAUUGACCCAUGCUCCUCCUCCUCCUCCUCACUCCUCAAUUUUUCCCAGGCCAACCUAUCUGGGCUCGGGGGCGGGCACGGAAACCUGCAGGACCCCCUGUGCAUGAGGCCGAACAUGCUGUACUCGAACUGCAGCGGAGGACUGCCAAACAUCAUCCUAACUGGUGAGUCUUACUGGUCCGACCGGUUCAUAUGAAAACAAACAAGAUCAAUAACAAACACAAAUCCAGCAAGUACACUUCAACCCAAAAUGAUUAUGAUGAUACCUGUCAAAUACAAGGAAGUCAUUAACUGUUUACACAGUGACACGUCAGUAUUUCACCUCAGAUUUGACAUAAAUAGGACACGCGGGCAAGUCUGGAACCAUGACCAGUUCUGUUUUAUGAAGUAAAACUGUUAAAGGUAUAAAAUCAAACUUUGACAAAAAGUCACCGUGUCUAAAAUUAUUCAUACCCCAGUGAUACCGAGACAGACGAGCACAGUUCUCGACUCGCUCGUGACAUUUCAGUCAUUUUCAACUCAACCUUUUGCCGUGGCAAAGACCAAAGAGCUCAGUGAGGACUUACGAGCACACAUUAUAAAUGCCAAAAAAGAAGGAAAAGGACAAAAAAACUGCCAAACAAUUUUAGGUGCCAGUGGCAACGUAGCCUGGCUGGGCCAUCCUGUUGCGUGAAUCACUUGCCGUUCCUUCCCACAACAGUCUGGACUUCGGCCCAUUGGGAGCGUGUAUUCCCGAUCAGAAAAUAACCGGGCCAAUCAGAGACCGUGUUUCCAUUGUUACCUGGACAACAGGGAAAGGCAGCCCCUGAUUGGUCCAUGUGUAGAUGGAGACGUCUAACACAUGCUGCAGGACUUUUCAAAGCGCCGUUUAUUCAGAACGCCGUUAAUUCUGCAGUUGACUUUGCAAAGUCGGCAGAAAUCGCAGAAAUCGUUAUUUUCUGACCGGGAAUACACGCUUCCAAUGGGCCGAAGUCCAGACUGUCGUGGGAAGGAACGGCAAGUUAUUCACGCAACAGGAUGGCCCAGCCAGGCUAGUGGCAACGGCGCAAAGUAUCAUUAAUAAGUACCAAAAAUUUCACCCAGUCAAAAACCUCAAAGGUCGUGGUCAGAAGUCAUCAGUUAUUACCAGAAAGAUCGAGUGAGAUGUUGAAAACAAUCCGAGGACGACAACCAAGGCUGUCCUGAAGGAAGUGAGCGCAGGGAUGUGACUAUACCGAGGCAGACACUCCAGGGGACACUGAUCCAAAAUGGUCUCUCUGGACGUCAACCAAGAAAGACACCUCUGCUUCAACCAAAGAACGUAAGAGCUCGUCUGACCUUUGUUAAGACGUACCUAGAGAAGGAGGAAAGCUUCCUGUCAUCUGUUCUGUGGUCAGAUGAAACCAGAAUUAAACUUUCGGGCACAGAGAUGUGGCGUUUAUCUGAAGAAAGAACGGCGAGGACUGCAAGAGGUGGAAGCAUCGUGCUGUGGAGCCUGCAAACUUCGUGAAAGUGGGAGGCACCAUGAGGAAAGAGCAGUAUGUCAAGAUGAUUGAAGAGAACCUGAACCUGGGGGAGAACUGGACCUAUCGGCAGGACAAUGAUCCACAGCAUACAGCCGAGGUGGUGGAGAAAUGGUUCCAGGACUGUGAUGUUGAUGUUAUGAAGUCAGAGUCCUGGUUUAGACCCCAUCGAGAACCUCCGGGUGGAGCUCAAGAAACAGGUGACAGCGUGAAAACCCUCCAACCUCAAGGAUCUGAAAACGUUUGGUCCAAAAUUCCUGCAGAUACUCCGAGAAGCUGGUGAGAAAUGACAAAAACCGUUCGGAGGAUCUGAGGUGAAAUACUCGAGCGUUACUGUAAAAAUUCAGACAUUUCUUGUAUUUGACGGUUAUGGAUCAUUUUAGGCUCCUCCCCUCAGUGACCCCGCCCUCGACCAAACCACACCCUCAGGUUAAGUCUUAGAUUGAACUUGAAUAUGUUAAUGAUUAAUAUGUGAAUGUUAAUGAUGGUAAUGAUUACGGUGACCAUGAGUAACCCCGCCCCUUUCUCUCAGAUGACUCUAACCCGACUCUGGCGAAGGACAUCAGCGCCGCCCUCUCCACUGUUCCUGAAUGUUUUGACACUGAGGGAGGCUUCCCAUUGGAGGAUGAGCUCCGUAUUGAGCCCCUGAGCCUGGACGGUCUGAGCAUGCUCAGUGACCCUGACAUGGUGCUGCCCGAUCCUUCGGUGGAGGAUUCUUUCCGCAGCGACCGACUGUGAACGCGGGAGUUUUAUUUGUGCGUGUGGGCGGACCGUAUCAGCAUGAACCAUUCAGACAAAGUGAACACACCUGAGAACACGGGUCAGAACCCGGUCCAGGAUUAGGUCCAGAUCAUCUUCUCAGACCAAACAGGAUGCAGUCAAGCUCGGAGUCUCCUGCUUCUCCGAGCGCCAACCCCCUGAAGCCAUGGCAACAACACGGCUGCGUGUGGAGCCGCAGAAACACGCUCUCUGAUUUCCCACGGCUCUCGGAGAAGCCGAGUCCGCCUCUGAGAUGUUUCCGGAGAGAGCGCCGUUUCUCCUCCUUCAGGCUGUGAAAACUCUGAGACAAUCGUGGUGGAAAUGAAGGUCGAAGGGACGCCGAUGUUGGAUUUCUGUGGUGGUGACCCGUCUGUCACAGAGAUGAUAAAACACUAUGAAAGCCUCGAUUUUAAUCUGAUUCCAGAGUAUUUUUAAAGAAGGGUUAAAAAAGGGCAAAUUGUUUACAAUGAUGAGAUUUUCAUGAAUAUUUCUAAAGAGUCAACAGAACGAAAACUCCGAUUCUAAAUGUGAGACUUUCCCUCUAGACUAGUCAGCUGAACUCUACAGCAGAGACCUUUUCAAAAUAAAACCUUUUUUUUUUCACGUUUAUUUAAAGAAAUGUCUGUACAGUCUUUGUUUUAUUUUCUUUUUUUUACCAACUUGUGACGUUUUUGUUCAUUUUGCAUGCCCUGUGCUGCUGUGCGUCCGUUUGUUCGAAGUAGUUCCCCCUCGUAACACAAACACAGACACACACAGACGCAAAGAACAGACCGAUCACGCGGAGAUUGGACAUCAUGUAACAUUGCACUUACUGUGUUUUGCACUAUUGAAUCCUCGGUGUGUCGUCUGACACUUCAGCAUGUAGUUGGUAAAAACUCCCCCCAAAGAUCAGAGCAAUCAUGAAAGUUCUGCACAAACAGAAACUGUUUUUAUUUUUGUAUAAGCGAAAAAAAGGAAUUGGAUGUUAUUUUCUGGGCUUUGGUAUUUUUGAAAAGAGUUCAUUGUUACAGCUGAUUAUGAAAUAAGUCACUGACUCUGUGCAGAAACGGCCUGGAGUCAGUUUUAAAAAAAGUGUUAAUGUUGCUUUUGAAAAGACGGGGGACUAAAAUAUCUUUUAUUGCUCCUUUAAGCUAUGCAAAAGUUUUGUACUCCUGAAACCUGUUGAACAUGUCCAACUUUACACAUCGUGAAGGUUUUCUGAGGGCUCACCGAGCGUCGAGUUCUUCUCUGGCAAAAGUUAAAAAAAGAAAUCACUGAAGAACAAGAGCGCCGCUUUAACAGAAAUGACAAACAUGUAAAUAUUCUCUUUUUUUUUUUCACGUAAUUCAGAGCUUCUCUGUGCCGAGGACUGAGGACGAGAUCGACUACGUUUAUUGUUUUUUAUGGAGAAGGGUGUGGGGGCUUUCAUGAGACGGUGUCGUGGUAUUUUUACUCCGUUUUAGUCAUACAUUUUACCCACUCUUGUUACUAAUCUGUGAGUUUUUGAGUGUUGGAGCCAUUUUGCAGUUAAACUUUUGAAAGCAGUUCUAAUCCUGGUGUUUCCUGUCCUGCUGCCUUCUGCUGCCUUACUUUAAUUCUCCUGCAGUAACUCGUGCCGGCUAGUUUCCCCUCCUCUCAGCUUUAACUUCGGUUCUUCGUGUCACUAAGUCCCUCUGUUUCAUCCGUAUUUUUUAUGUCUUACUUUUUUAGUUUCAUAUUCGAAUGUACAGCUCUGUUAUUUAAAGUGUUUUGUCACUGUUGUGUUACCAUUUUUAUCCAUGUAUUCCAAAGUUCAAGGUCUCCUCUGUCUGUCUGUUUGUUUGUUUGUUUGUUUGUAAGGUCUGUCAGAGUGCUUAUCAUUCUGGUUUAAUAGAAACAAUAAAACUCUAUACUGUCUAUUAACUCCAA